GAGAGAGAGGAGAGAUGGGGCUGUGCUACUGUACGUCAGACAUACAUACACAACAAGCAGUGGUGACGAUGCAAGCCCGUGGUAUAGAUUUCGCAUCAUACAUGAUAAAUGUCUGAAUUCCAUAGUCGCAGGCUUCUGCGCACUCCGUCUCCUCCACUCCGUCGUGCUUCACCCAGCCCAUCUACAGUACACAAACGCGCAAUAUGGCCCUUGGUACUCCUCCUCGUUCUCGUCCAUCUUUCAGCUGUCUUGUAUACGCUUCCGCUUAAUCGGGUGAUUGAACUUCGUCUAUGUCAAGCGCAUUACGAGCUGCGUGAUCCAUCGGCCAUACGGCCAGAUGGCUCGAUACCAGAGAAGCUGUGUAAAAUAGAUGAUGUGCAGCGUCGUCUUGCGUGGUUGCAAGGUACUAUGGAGACGACGCUUGUUGUUUGUGACUUCAUCGUAACAAUACCAUUCAGCUUUGUCGCUGAGAGAUGGGGCAUCAAGAUUGUACUGUUGUGCAACUUGGUGCCGAGGAUUUUCAUGAGCGCCUGGGCUAUGCUUGUUGGAAAUCUCCCGCAUAUCCUCCCUACCAAUGCCAUUAUCGCCAGCCCAUUCCUCAAUGUCCUUGGAGGCGAAUGCGUAUUUCAGUCCACCAUUUUCACAUUGACUUCGGCACUGGCUUGUGAAUAUGUGGAACGAGCAUCCUACUUCUCCUAUAUCAGUUCCACAUCCUACAUCGUCUCCUUUCUCGGACCAACCCUCGCUGCAUUCACCAUGAGCAACAGUCUCUGGCUCCCCUUCUGGCUCAACAUCGCUCUCCUCCUCUGUGCCAUACCAACUAUCAGCUUACUCCCUUCAAUUUCAAAAACACCAACUCUCUCUACGACCUCAGAUUCCGUUUCCCAAGACCCAGAUGAAGAAGCCGGACCAUUGCUUCCAGGCAGAACCACCAGACAUGGCGAGGACUUUGAAAGGCAUGCCAGCUUCUUCCAAAGCAUACUGCACGCAACACGCAAAAUGAGACGUUUAGUCAUUGGCCGCCGCAAAUUCCAAGUCCUGCUUUGCUCCUUCUUUCUUACUGCGCUAGCGAGUUCAGACACGAAGUUGCUGGUGCAAUAUAUCUCCAAGCGAUACGAGUGGACUUUUGCACAGGCAGGCUACAUGCUCUCCGCCAAGGCACUGGUGAAUUUCACCUUACUGGCUAUAAUCGUCCCGCGCAUCAUUCGGACCUCCAUGUCGUCAAAGACGGUCCACGGGUCUGAAGUGCGGCUUAAUAUUAUAGGUGCAGAAGUAAGCAUUGCGGUUUCGGUGGUGGGCGUGCUGUGUGUGGCACUAGCGUCCAGGUUUUGGAUGCUGCUUGCUGCUUUGAUUUUAUAUGCUCUUGGCUCUGCGCUGCCAGUUUUUACCAUGUCGCUGGUCAAGUCACCUCUUAUUGCGCUGGCGCAUUCGGAUGUCCAGGACUUCAGUAUAGUCAUGCUGACCAAGACGCUUGGGUCUUUGGUUGGUGCUCCUUUGAUGACUGUUCUGUGGGUCCAGGCUAUAAAGCUUGGGGGUAUUGGUGUUGGCUUACCGUACUUUUUCUCUGCUUGUAUAUAUCUCAUUGCAGCAUUCGUCAUUGCACGCUUACGAAACUAAAGAAAGAUUUGGUAUCAACUGGAGAUGCACAUUCACACCAGGUUCGCUUCUCAGUUCCGUAUAGCUAGAACAAUAAGUAGAGCAGGGAGAAUCGACAAGAUCCAUGCGCUAACACCAAACGUUCCCUUGAUAUCAUACUGAAACUAUGACCAAAGGAUGUCAAAGAGAAAACUAGCAAUGAAGAAAACAACGAAUAUAUCCAAGAGGAUGAUAUCGCGGUCAUAAUUUUCUUGACAGAAGACACCCCACGUCACAGUGGGCUCCCAACAAGCAUCUGCCCUAGGCGGAAGGCUCGACCUUGGGUGAAGGGGAAUAGAAAAAUAUUCAAGCUU